AUGAAUAAUAAUAAUAAUAAUAAUAAUUUUAAUAAUAAUUUUAAUAAUAAUAAUAAUAAUAAUAAUAAUAAUAAUAAUAAUAAUAAUAAUAAUAAUAAUAAUAAUAAUAAUAAUAAUAAUAAUAAUAAUAAUAAUAACAAUAAUAAUAAUAAUUUAAUAUUUGUAAAAACUAGUUAA